AUGUCUGGACUUGAUGUAGAGGCUCUUCUUGAGUCUACUGCGACUGUGGCCGCCGCCCCCGCCGAGGCCCCAACCACUUCGGAAGCCCGUGACGACAACUCCCGCGCAGACCCCAGCGAGCGCCGUGAUCGUUCCCGCGACAGACGCCGUCGCCGCGAUCCCAGCCGUGAUCGUCGCCCUGAUCGAGAUGUUGAAGGCGAUGGAGUCGUGAAAAGCGACGCUAGUGCUAACGGAAGCCUUAGAAGCCGAAAGAGGAGCAAGAGUCGCGAAUCUGACCGGCGCCGCUCUCGCCGUGAUCGUGACGGCUACCGCUCCAGCGGUGACUUCUAUCGUGGUGGAGGUCGCGUUCGUUCCCGCUCUCGCUCUCCAUAUGAUGAUCGCCACUACCGUCCCAAUCGCCGCCAGCGUGAUGAAGAGAGACGCCCCCGACGUGACAUUGAUACCCGCCGUGAAUCCCGUGGAUCUAUCAGCCGCAAGUCUCCAGAACUUAAUGAGGAUGAACGUGACAAGCGCACUGUCUUUGUGCAACAACUUGCUGCUCGUCUGAGAAGCAAAGAUCUGAUUAACUUCUUCGAAAAAGUCGGCCCCGUCAAAGAUGCUCAAAUCGUCAAGGAUCGUGUCAGCCAUCGCUCUAAAGGUGUCGGUUAUGUCGAGUUUAAAGACGAGGAAUCUGUUACCAAGGCCAUCGGACUCACUGGCCAGGUGGUCCUAGGAAUCCCAAUCAUUGUGCAACUGACUGAAGCGGAAAAGAAUCGCCAAGCUCGCAACCCCGAGGCCACCGCAGGCAACCAGCACACUGCACCCUUCCACAGACUUUACGUUGGUAACGUCCAUUUCAGUAUUACUGAAGACGAUCUCACCAAUGUCUUCGAGCCAUUCGGCGAACUCGAGUUCGUUCAGUUACAAAAGGAUGAAACUGGUCGAAGCAAAGGUUAUGCCUUUGUUCAAUUCUCCAACCCCGAACAAGCUCGGGAUGCUUUGGAAAAGAUGAACGGAUUCGAACUUGCUGGACGAGCUAUUCGAGUUGGUCUCGGCAAUGAUAAGUUCACCCCUGACUCGCACGCCAAUCGCCCCGCUGGUGCUUCUACAAACGCAGACUUCCAGGGAUCUUCAUUCUCCGGCCAGGGAGGCCGUGGUGUUCAAGCUGGAGGUUCCAACAACUUUGACCGUGCUGGUGGUAGUAAGACCGACAAGGGCGCUGGUGCCAGUGCACUUGACGACACGGAUGUUGCUGGUGUGAACUUCAACAACUACUCUAGGAAUUUGUUGAUGAGGAAGCUUGCACGAACAGAUGAUUCCCAGCCUUCUGUCGCUGACGCUCAGAAAUUUCCCCGGCCGAAGACCGAGACUAGACCGCUUCCCGUCAACGUCAACAUGGCUAGUCGUUGUGUUUUGCUUCGCAAUAUGUUUGACCCCGCUGAAGAGACCGGUGAAUCCUGGAUCAAGGAACUCGAGGAGGACGUCCGCUCGGAAUGUGAGGAGAAAUACGGCCACGUUGUUCACAUUUCACUAGAUUCCAGUUCCCAGGGAGAUAUCUACCUGAAGUUCGACCGCGUUCAAGGUGGCGAGAAUGCCAUCAAGGGCCUCAACGGCCGAUACUUUGGCGGACGGCAGAUCACCGCCCAACCCGUCGUGGAUGCUGUUUACAGCAGUCUCUUCUCUCGCACUAAGGCUAUCUAG